AUGCGUUCUUCUACGAACCAAAAGGGGAACCGUACGGUUUUCUUGCCUCGUGCGACGAUGUGUUCCCUCUCCAUUGCGAAUGCUGGCGGUAAAGAAAUGCAAAGCCUUCCUUUGGUCCCUCAUUGUGCUGAGGUGGCCCCUAUGCCUGAACUGAACCUAGACGAGACGCUUCGUAUUCGCAGCGUCUUCUUUGAUCAUAUUCAUGACGAGUAUAUCAACAACACCUUUGAUCUCCGUGUGGUGUUGGCGGAACUUGGGCUAUAUCCCUCUGAAGAGGAGCUACAACUGCUGCUCGACACCUACGAGCACAAAGUGAACGUUACACAUCUCUGCAAUUAUCUCCGCUUCUACAAGCGGGAGUAUCAACUGACGGAGCGGGCCCGGAGGAGUGGUGCCCGUGACGGUGGCGGCGGCUUCUUCUCCCCGGAGGAGCGGGAGGACACGCUGCGGGCGUUUGUGGCCCUCGGCGGCCGCGAGGGGGGCGGCGGGGCGGUGGCGCUCGCGGAUCUCCGCCGGGUUUGCCGCGCGUUUGGCCUCGCCGUCGACGUGGACGCGAUGGCGCGGGAUGCCGGCGGCGACGCGGAGGGGCGGGGGGCCGUCGACUUCGCCGCCUUCACGGCCCUCUGGCGCCCCCCGGGCGACGGCUCCGGCUCCAACUACUCGGGCUCCGCCGAAAGACGCCCCUCCCGCUCAGACACCACCACCACCGCCUACGACAGGGCGAUUGCCGCAGGUGCACGACGGCGAUCCGCCACACGCGAGUUUCCAGAGAACUAUAAAUUUCCACAAAUUUCAGGAGCUUCCGUGCACACCGCUGUCCCACCUAACAGUAGCAUUAUGAAUAUCAACAACGGCGGCAAUAAUAAUAUCAACAGCAGCUACAAUCCCCUCUCGGAAGAGGAACAUCUACAAGCACUGCGACAGUAUCUUUGCCCAGAGAAGUGUGGUAGUGGUCACGAUGCAAGCUCUGUAAACGCAGCUAACAGUUCAGGAAUCAACGGAAGUCCCAGUAAUAUCAGGCGCAAACCAGGCCGCAACGUAUCUAUACAGCAAUCACUAUAUACCAUCCCACAGGGUGAAGUGGAACGACACCGCAGCAUCGUAGGAACGCGUGAAGAAGCUGGAGGGUUAGCAGCAGCAGCAGGAAGCGGUGGAGCAGAUGAAGACGGAACGUUACCAGCAACUGCGGGGGGAUUCCGUGCCCCAAGUCCUAUGAUUCUUUCACUACGCAACAGCGCCAUAUACAAACGUCGAUUGAUGACAUUUACGCAGAGAAACAAAACAAAACCAAAAACAAGCAGAAGCCCAAGUGGGUGGACGCGAUCUGCUUCAGUUGUACCUGAUGACGAUCUUGGACGAAGUUAG